AUGCUACAAAAAGAGAGUGUGUCGCCGGCGGGGAGGAUAGUGAACGGUGCGCCGGCGUCCAUCAGCCAGUUCCCGUGGCAGGCGCAGCUGGUGAUCGACCAGAGCACCUUCUGCGGCGGGUCGCUCAUCGCCGCCGGCUGGGUGCUCACUGCCGCGCACUGCUCCUACGAGGGCUCUGUGUUCGUGGUGACGCUGGGCGCGACCUACCUCAACUCGCAGGAGCCCGGCUCGGUGACGACCUACGCGGCGGCCAAGGCGGUUCACGAGCAGUUCGACCCGAACACUCUGGCCAACGACAUCACCCUGCUGCAGCUCCAGCAGGCCGUCUCUCUGUCCAGUGUGAUCAGUCCUGUCGGACUGCCAUCCCAGUCCCAGUUCUCCUCCAGCCUCGAAGGCCAGGCUGUGGUCAUCAGUGGCUGGGGUAAAACGUCCGAUGACUCGGACAUCAGCCAGGUGCUGAACUACGUGCCUCAGACGGUGAUCAGCGCCAGCGAGUGUGUCGCCAUCUACGGCUCCAUGAUGAACUCCGGCAAGCUGUGCGUGACCGGCAGCAACCUGCAGAGCGCCUGUCACGGCGACAGCGGAGGCCCGCUGGUGCUGCAGAGCGGCAGCGUGCAAGUGGGCAUCGUGUCUUCGGGCCCACCCGGUGGCUGCCUGAGCGGCGACCCCACCCUGUACACCCGGGUGGCCGCCUUCCUGCCGUGGAUCGCCCGCUACGUGCGCCAGUGACGCGGCGCGCCA